AAUGUUUUGCUUUCAAGAGAGUUAUUAAUAUAAUCUGUGCGAAAGAUUAAUUAAUUUUCAUAAAAUAUUAAAAAAAAAUAUUCGAGUGACAGUGAAUUAGAGUGUCCAAAUUGACCUUAUAAAAUGUCGAUCAGAGAAUCUGAAAUAAGAGCGCUUGUCGAGCUUGCGGUUAACACUGCGCUUGCAAAUCAAGCUCACAUUUUCGAAAAAAGAAAAUAAAAGCUAUAGAAAAUAAAUUUUCAUUAACCGUAGCCGAAGUAGAAGUAUUUAAAGAUGCUGAAAUAGUACAAGGAAUAAGUUGCGAUGAAACAUUAGACAUGGUAAUGUCACUACCUGACUUCGAAGGGAAACAAGAGACAUAUGCAUCGCGGCGCAAAGCUGCUCAUAUGGCUUAUAAAAGUUUUGAGACUUAUGUGGAGAGUUCUAAACACUACCAGGCAUUAGGCAUUAUUAGAAAUAAAAUAAGGGUAUCCGCUGAUAUGAUGCUGUCCUCAUAGGAUACACCACUUACUUUUAAAGCAAUAAUUAAUAGACUAGACUAUAGAUACGCUGACAAGCGUCCUAUUUAUCUUAUUGAACAAGAGUUAUCGACUCUGUGACAAGGAAACUUGUCAAUAAUGCAGUUCUAUGACGUUCUAUGACGUAAGUUAACGCUCUUUUUUAAGAAAACUAUAAUGACAUACGAAAGCACCUUAGCUGCUUCUCUAAACGAGAAAUACAGAACAGAUGCAUUGAGGAUAUUUAUUUCAGGUACGAAAAAACCCUUAAGUGACAUUCUUUUUGCGGCACGCCCAAAUGACCUGCCAUCAGCAUUAGCCUUAGCUCAAGAAGUUGAGUCUAAUCAUGAACGUUCCAAAUUCGAAAAUAAUUUUGCAAAGAAGAAAAAGCUUUUUGCUUGGAAGAAAGAGCCCAUCGAAAUGAAUAUCGAGAACAAAAGGUUUAGAUUCAGACUAUAAAUUGGCAGACAAAAAUCUCAAAAUUGAAGCCCAUUGCCAGAACAAGAUACACCUCAACCGAUGGACAUUGACGGUUCAUUUCGAAUCAGACAGUCUGAACAAAAACCAAAUAGAGGUUUAUCUCCUUAUGUACUGCAAGGUUUACGCUACCAAAGCAACAAAGAAUAAAUCAUCUUUUACGAAAUAAGAGCAAACAUGAAUUAGAAGCGAAUGAUAUUAGAGAUGAAAUUUAUCAAUACGAUGAAAUACAUUUUUUAGAAACCAUUAAACCGUUAGUAGAACUAAAAAAUGUCAAAACAGAAAACGAUUAUGAUAAAGCAUCAAGAGAGAAAGAACGCUCCUCAGUAAAAUAUGAAUGUGCAACUGAAAUAUUUGAAACAACGAAAAUAAAAGAAGAAUUCAUUCACAAAUAUAUAGUUGAAGAAGAAUCUUCCGCAGAAAUGAAUGAAUCAAAGACUAAAGAAAUAUCAACCGAAUUAAAGAAAAAAGUAAUAAUAUCAAUGGAUCGCAUAAAAACUAAAACUGAAACAGUGGUUAGAAGCGCUAAGCGUGGACAUCCGAAAUUAGUAUUUAAUAGGUCAUCAAAGAGAACAAAGCGUCGAAGAAUAGCUCAGCUAUCGAAAAUUGACGAAUCUGCAUCUAUGGCUUUACGUUGCAAGAUGCUAAGUACUGAAAUGUGCAAAGCUAACAUUGAUGAAGUCCUAUCACUAUUUAUAGAGACAAACAUGAGCAAACAUCAAUAUAUACUUAUUAGAACUUUUGCUACAAGCUACAAGCUACUUUCAAUGGCUAAAGCAUCAAGCUAUCCCGACAAAAUAAGUGUGAGUGAAUCGCAGGCUGAAGUUGAUUUGCAGAGCUUGGUUGAUCACACGGCUUCGCGGAUUAUCAGACUGCAGAAUGAUGUUCUGGACAGCAUUGGAUGUGAUUUGGAUGAUAACCUAGUUUUAAUUGGGAAAUGGGGAUUUGACGGCAGCACUGGACAUUCAGAAUAUAAACAAAAAUUCAUGAAUAACGAUAUGAACGAUACCAGCCUUUUUGUUACAUCAUAUGUGCCACUGCAACUUAAAAUGGUAGGAAAUGAUCCUAAACAUCAAAAAAUAAUUUGGAAGAAUCCGCGACCGUCGUCAACACGCUACUGCAGACCAAUCAGAUUUCAAUUCCAAAAAGAAACCUCUCAAUUAGCUGUAAAUGAAGAAAAAUAUUUUAAAGAUAAAAUUGAAUUGCUAAAGCCAACGAUAUGUACAAUAUCUAAUAAUAAAAUUAUAGUUGAACACAGUUUACAGCUUACAAUGGUUGAUGGAAAAAUCUGUAAUGCCUUAAGUGAAAUAUCAUCUUCUACAUAUGUGAAGCGAAACCAACAGAGAUGAACCAUUUGAAAAAAUGUUUGGAAAAAAAUGUUCAUGAAACACGUUUUGAGUUUGGAUUGUCUCCAUUACACUCUUAUAUUCGCUUUUUUGAAUAUUUUUUGCAUUUGUCGUAUAGACUAGACCUGAAGAGUUGGCGAAUUUAUACCUCAGAAGGAAAAGAAUGCUUUCUGCAAAGAAAAAUUAAAAUUCAAAAAGACUUUCGCCAAAAAAUGGGACUUUUAGUCGACAAACCCAGAAGUGGAGGAAGUAGCACCUCAAACGAUGGUAAUACGGCUAGAACAUUUUUUAAUAACCCGGAAUUGGCAGCUGAAAUUACUGGUCUGAAUGAAAAUGUAAUAAUGCGAUGUUUAACAUUGCUGCAAUGCUUGGCAUCAGGCUACAAAAUCAAUGUAGACAAAUUUGCAGAGUAUGCACUAGAGACUGCCAAACAGCUAAUCCAUUUGUAUCCUUGGUACUAUCUACCACCCACAGUACACAAAGUGUUAAUUCAUGCCCCAGACAUAAUAAAUCAUGCUCUUGUGUCCAUUGGAGAGUUAUCUGAAGAAGCGGCAGAAUCUAGAAAUAAGGAUAUCAAAAUGUUUAGAAGGCAACAUACCCGAAAGAUAUCACGGAUUGCUGCAAACGCAGAUCUAAUAAAUAGAUUGCUUUUAAGCUCAGAUCCCUUUAUUACAGGUCAAAGAAAACUGCCAUCUUGUAAAAAAUCAGCACUUUUAAAAUCUACAUAUUAACUUUUAAAUGACACAAUCUUAUAAAUAUUAUUUGUUAUCUUUUUUUUUUCUUAAUUAACUUAUUAAGAAUAUAUAUGUGUAACUGUGAGCGGACAGGAAUGAACCGUUUCCUUUUCCCCUCAAAAUAUUAUUUUUUUUAUUAUAUUAAUAAAAUUAAAAAGUUUAAAACCGAAAAUAAAAAAAAUAUUAAAACUUGACCCGAUCGUUUCUAUGGGAGCUAUAGGAUAUAGUCGCACGAUGUGGCCAAUUUUUUCACAGCAUAUUUAAAAUAUUUUUCUAGAUUUUUGGUAAAAAUUUCAUAACGAUAUCUCAACUAGAAGUAUUUAUGGCCGCGGCUCCAUACAACCGGAUCCACUGUGCAGCGUCUCAUGCUCCUCGCCUCGGCUAAUCCGACUACUCCGCCUGGUGAUCCAGAAAAUUACCGAACUGCAUCAAAUACGCAACCGCUGCUUCGGACUUGUCGAGUACCAUUAUUUCUUCGUUUUGAAUUUUAAGACCUUUCAUAUCUUAAAUAUAGUCUUAGAUAUAAAGAGGCAAAUUUUAUUAACUGAAUGCCAACCAUCUCUGACACGGGAUGCAGAAAUGCAGAUUCUGAUGCACCUCGGCGAAAGAAAAAGGGCUGCGAGAAGAUUUCUAGACAUCGCAGGAACAAGCAUAAGUGAAACUUGUGCGGCGUUUGUAGAAAAAACUCGGAAGCAAAACUCCACCGCCCUGCACCUUUCUUCAUUAGCAGCAAAAAUUACAGAAGCCGGUCUUCCGCCAAACGUGGUGAAUGAUAUAGAGGCCAAGGUAUCGACUUUAGUGUUUGGCGAGAUUAACAAAUUUUAUUCCCCAAACACACCAUAACCCAGUAAAAAAUCUUUGGAUUAAUACCAAAAUCUAGUAAUAUAGGAGUAAUUAUGUACUUGUUCAUUAAUUUCGAGCAUUAAGAGAACAUCAAAGCCAUUUUCGUUAGUUUUUACAAAAAUCGUUUGUUUCCACUCGUUUUAAUACGUUUUGGAGGAAUAAAGGAGGUUUAUAAAAAAAGAUAAAUCGUAAGGCCUAAUCAUAACUGUUAAUUGUUGUGAAAUUCUUUUAUGUUCUAUGUUUUCAAUCAACGCGUGAAUGUGAAUCAAGUGUCGCGAAUAUAUGUAAAAAGUUGUUAUACGGGUAAAAAGUGACUAAUUAUAAUAUAAAUGUAUGUAAUUAUUUAUAGAAAAUGUGUGAAUAUAUUUAAUCUUAAGACAAUUAGUGAAAAAAUAAAUUGAAAAAUAGUCUACAGGUAAUCGAGAAGCUUCUUAUGAAGAGGCGUCGGAACCAAAUGACUAUCUAAACUAAUAUUAUAAAGGAGAAAGAUUUGUAUGUAUGUUUGUAUUGUAUAAACUCGAAAACUACUGUGCCGAUUUCAAAAAUUCUUUCACCAUUAGAAAGCAACAUUCACCCGAGUAACAUAGGCUAUAUUUAUUGCUAGAAUCUCAACUUUCUGGAAAUAGUUCCCAGGUGAGGGUAAAAAAUAUUAGAAAUAUACAAAACCGUGCGAAGCCGGAGGGGUCUGCUAGUUUUUAAUAAUUGUACAUAAAAAGUUUGCAUUUAUAAUAAAUGCUGUAAUGAGUUUCUCGAAAUUCUAAAAACUGAUGGGGAAGUUCCACCAUCUAAAGAAACACUGCUAAAAACUGAGUAUACAUAUUGGUCCAGCAAAACAAAAAUUUUCAACUUCUGCUCUUUUUUGUGCUCUUUCUGGAGACAAAAAAGAUGACUCCCUCUGCUCUCGUUUCGGAGGUCAAAAAUAGCUCGGUUUGCUUUCCAUUUGGAGUUUAAGAUGAGUAAUCCCUCGUAAGGACAUGGUAUGUUAAAAACGAGUAAUAAAUGCAUGGGCCUCUGAGCAAUCCAUGGACCUCUGAGUAAUCCAUGGCUCGCAAGGGAGCGAUCUUAUAUUAAUCUUUGGAUGAUCGGAUUUUUUACAUUUUCCUAAUACAAUGAUUCGCGUAUUGUUGUUAUUUUUAUGUUAAAAUAUAAAUUAUUUUAUAAAAACAUUAAUUUUAAGAACAUUUAAAUUUAAACAAGUAAGGAAGGGCUACCGAACAGAACAUUUUAUACUCUCGCAAAUUUAUUUAUUAAAUUUUAUUAAUAUAACACACAGUUUGACCCAUAUAUUCGGCAUAAAGUCCAAUAGAAUAACGAAAAUUAUCUUAUAUGGUAUAUGAGGGCUGAUGUAAUUCCUAAACCGAUUUCACUCAUUUUCCGAACAAAAUUGCACUAUAUACAAGACUAUAUGCUCACUUAAUUUUUGGACUGUAUAAUGAAAUGGCUAAAAGAAACGACUGCAGAAAGUUUGGUUUAUACAGUUUUUUUGGUUUAUAAGAUAUAUACAAAACACAUUUAAAUGUGCCCCUCCCUAAAGCGAUCCUUUGUACCAAAUUUUACUUUCAUAUUUUUAAUUAUGGCUUAGUUAUGACACUUUAGGUGUUUUCGGUUUUCGCCAUUUUGUGGGCGUGGCACUGGACCGAUUUUGCCCAUUUGAAAGCAACCUCCUCAGGAUGCCAAGGAAUAUGUGUUCCAUGUUUCAUUAAAAUAUCUCAAUUUAUACUCAAGUCAUUGCUUGCACGGACAGAUGGACAGACAGACGGACGGACAGACAUCCGGAUUUCAAAAGGAAACGGAAAAUAACCACGCCCAACUCCCAUACAAAGGUUAGGUUGAAAAUUACUAAAAGUGGGUUAACUCACUAACGACAAACGUCAGAAGCACUAAAUUUCACAUAAGAAAUGGCAGAUGGAAGCUGCAUUCCCAUUGUUUUACAAAAUGGAAAAUGGGCGUGGCGACGCCCAAUAUGGGUCAAAAACCAUAUCUCAGGAACUACUCCACCGAUUUCAAUAAAACUUGGUUUGAAAUAGCUUAGUACAUCCCAACGAUAUGUUGUGAAAAUAGGCCAAAUCGCUUCACAACCACGCCUACUUCUUAUAUACAAGAACUUUGAAGACGAUCUGAAUCGUUUACUUUACAAUAUAUAAAGUAAGCCCUAGUGAAGAUAUCGGUGCUGAACUUUGCACAAAUACUACGUUUAUAGUGUGGCAGCCCCAUUCUAAAAAUCACCAAAAUCGGACCAUAGGUUUUCAAGGCCCCAUGUAUCGAACAUGAGGUGCUUCUAACCUAAUAUUAUGGUUUCCAACUUUCAAUGGACUUUAUACAAUACGAGGGCUGCUAUAUAUAUUUCUGGCCUAGGCAACACUAAGUGUUGCUAGGUGCAAUCUGACAUUUCCAUUGGAAAGUUUGACAUUUUUUAGCAUAACAUCACUCAGAACGUUUUGUCAUUUAAUCGUGAAUUGUUUUAUUUACUGGGAAUUAAAAAAUUAAACUCGGCCAAAAAAUGGAAUUAACACGUGAACAUUUUCGUGCGAUCAUUUUUCACAACUUUCGACGUGGAUUAUCGCGACAGGAGUGCAUCGAUGAACUAAAAUCUUUGUAUGGCUAUGAAGCACCAUCCUAUAGCACUGUGUAAAACUGGUACAACGAAUUCAAUCAUGGCCGACGCUCGCUCAAAGACGAAUUCCGUGAAGGUCGUCCAAAAACAGCCGUUGGACCAGAAAACAUCGAUGCCGUACGUGAACUGAUAAUGCAAGACCGUCAUGUAACAUACCUUCAGAUAGAGGCAUGCCUAUGCAUUUCUCCCACCAGCAUACAUUCGAUAUUGCAUGAACACCUGGCCGUAAAAAAGGUUUGUUCUCUUUGGAUCCCGCACAAUUUGACAAUCGCUCAAAAAAAGGCCCAAAAAUGUUCGAAAAUUGGUUUGAGCGCACGCAAAAGUGUAUAAAUCUUGAUGGAGAAUAUUUUGAAAAACAAUAAAACCAUUUUCGUUGAUAAAUAUUCAUAUUUUCAUUAUUAGGCCAGAAAUAUAUAUAGCAGCCCUCGUGUAUACUAUAUGACGAAUAUGUGGGUCAAAUUGUGUAUUAUAUAAUAUUAAUUAAGUUAAAUAAAUAAAUUGCGAGAGUAUAAAAUGUUCGGUUAAAUGGGCAUAAGUACUUAU